AUGGAGAUUUUUGGGAUAAAAUUCGCGCCGCUGAACGUUCCAUUAAAGCGAAAAUUGGAAACACUUACAGUUACUCUGUACUUCUCCAUACUCUUUCUUGUGAUCGGUAUAGGAUAUUUUGCAAAAUAUAUUCUCGCAAUAUAUCUCAUCAUUUAUACGAAGAUUUUGCGCUACUUUGUAUUCCUCUACUUCAUCUGGAUGUACUACUCUGAUAAUUCUCCAGUCAGCGGUAUAAGGGCACAAUUCAAACAGUGGCUCAGAUCCUCUGCAAUACACCAAUACAUCUGCAACUAUUUUCCUGUAAAACUAGUGAAAACCACCGAUUUGGACCCGAACAAGUUAUAUUUAUUGUGCAGUUUUCCACAUGGGAUUUUAUGUACAGGAGUUUCUGUUGCCUUUGGUACAGAUGCCGCCGGUUACAAGGAAUUAUUUCCAAGUAUCGACAGUAGUAUAGUGAUAUUGGAUCAACAUUUCAAGACACCGUUUUUCAGAGAAUACUGCCGCGUCAAUUGUACUAGCAGUCCAGAAAGCCUGAAUCAGUUAUUAUCGACGAAACCUCAGGCUCCAUACACCGGAAGAGCGACAGUUUUGAUCGUCGGUGGAGCAGCAGAAGUGACGGAAUCCAAGCCGAACACUUAUCGUAUCGUAAUGAAAAGGAGAAAAGGGUUCGUAAAGCUGGCGCUGAAAAAUGGCGUUCCCAUUGUACCUGUAUGUUCGUUCGGAGAAACGAAUCUGUAUGACCAACUGACCUUUCCGGAAGGCUCGUUUAUGAAAAAGCUCCAGGAUUUCAUCCGUAAAAAAGUCGGUGUGCCCCCGGUUUAUCUGCUGGGACGAGGAUUAUUCAAAUACUGUUUCAGUUUCAUUCCACGGCGAACACCAGUCACUGUCGUUGUCGGUAGUCCGAUGGAUUUACCCAAGAUAGAAGAACCAACCGUAGAGCAGAUUGACGAAUAUCAUGGGAAAUUUAUCGAGCACGUGGUGGAUUUUUUCGAGAAGGAAAAACACAAAUACAUCGAAAAUGCUGAUUCGGUGCACUUAGAAUUUAUUGACGAAUAUCAUGGGAAAUUUAUCGAGCACGUGGCAGACUUUUUCGAGAAGGAAAAACAGAAAUACAUCGAAAAUGCUGAUUCGGUGCACUUAGAAUUUAUUUAG